AUGGCUAGAGUGGGUAAGACAACUUUGGCAGAAGUCAUUUAUGAUAGAAUAUCUUACCAAUUUGAAGCUAGCAACUUUAUUGCUUGUAUUAGAGAAGAAACUACAAAUUGUGGUUUAGUUACUUUACAAAAACAAAUUCUUUCUAAGAUCCUCAUGGAAAGGGCAAUAAAUAUAUGGGACAAUUGUGAGGGAAUGAAUACGAUACGGAAUAGACUUUGUUAUAAAAAAGUAUUUUUAGUCCUUGAUGAUGUGGACAAAGAAGAACAUCUAACAGCAUUAACAAGGAGCCAUGAUUGGUUUGGUCUAGUGAGUAGAAUCAUUUUAAUGAGUAGAGAUAACCAUUUGUUGAAAAGACAUGGAUUGAAUGAUAUCUAUAAGGUUAAUGAGUUGAAUAAUGAUGAAGCAUUGCAGCUCUUUAGUUUGGUAGCUUUCAAGAAACCCUAUCUUGAAGAAAAUUAUGUGGAUUUAUCCAAAGGCUUUGUGAAAUAUGCUCAAGGCCUUCCUUUAUCUCUCAAAGUUUUAGGGUCCUCUUUGUUUGGUAGAGUAACAAAUGCAUCGAAAGGUGCUUGGGAUCUACUGAAAGGAAAUCCUAAUAAAGGAUUUUUAGAUAUACUUCAAAGUUUUGGGAGUUUGAAAUGCUUUGAUCUUAGUGGCUCUCAAAACUUGUUGGAGACACCAAACUUCACCGAAGUCUCAAGUCUUGAGACACUAGACCUUGAAGAUGUAUCUGAUUGCCUAGCACUUGGUGGAAUUCAAGACAUGAAUGGUGAGGGGUAUCUGGAACAAUUGUAUAAAGGUGGAAUUGCGAUCAAAUUCCCUAAGUUCUUCGUAGUGCCAGAGUUUGGCUCAAAUUACACUUGCUCUAUGCAAGAAAUGUUUAUGAUCAAUGAUGACUCUGUUGCGGCCUUCUAUUUUGAUUUUGAUGAUAGAGUCUACUACAUUAGAAGCUUGAAUCAUGAAGAAAGUAAUUUGUAG